UGGUUAUCCAGGAGGUGUGUCAGGCAUCGCCAAACUUAUUUAUAAGCAAAGGCAGCUGUGUAGGGCAAGAAACCUUGCUGAGGCUUUGUCAGCUGCUGCUUUUUCUCUGACACCGCUCGAAGGGCACCUCGGCUGCAAUGGGGAGGCAAAAGGACAUUCUUGCUACUAUUGAGGAGCACCUGAGGAUCAGGAACAAAUUAGUGCGGCAAGCGCUGGCCGAGUGCCUGGGGACACUGAUCCUGGUGCUGUUUGGCUGUGGCUCCGUUGCACAGAUCGUGCUCAGCAGAGGGACUCAUGGAGGUUUCCUCACCGUUAACCUGGCCUUUGGCUUCGCUGUGACACUCGGUAUUUUGAUUGCGGGACAGGUAUCAGGUGGACAUCUGAACCCAGCUGUCACUUUUGCCAUGUGCUUCUUGGCCCGGGAACCUUGGAUCAAGCUACCAAUUUACGCCCUGGCCCAAACCCUGGGGGCUUUCCUGGGAUCUGGCAUAGUCUUUGGGCUGUACUAUGAUGCCAUCUGGGAUUUUGGCAACAACCAGUUGUACGUAACAGGAAAAAAUGCCACUGCUGGUAUCUUUGCCACCUACCCAUCUCAACAUCUGAACAUUGUGAAUGGAUUCUUUGACCAGUUCAUUGGCACAGCCUCCCUGAUUGUUUGUGUCCUGGCUAUUGUCGAUCCCUACAACAACCCUGUCCCCACGGGGCUGGAGGCUUUCACAGUUGGCUUCGUUGUCCUUGUUAUCGGAACCUCCAUGGGCUUCAACUCUGGCUAUGCUGUCAACCCUGCCAGGGACUUUGGGCCUCGUCUCUUCACAGCCAUUGCUGGCUGGGGCACUGAAGUGUUCUCAACUGGUAAACAGUGGUGGUGGGUUCCGAUCGUUGCUCCCUUCCUUGGGGCCAUUGCGGGAGUGAUAGUCUAUCAGCUGAUGAUUGGAUGCCAUGAUGAGCCUUCUCCACCUGCCUCUGAGCAGGAAACAGUCAAGCUGGCUAACGUGAAGCACAAGGAAAGGGUCUGAGGAAGCUGCCACCCAGAUCUGGCAGACAUUCAUUACUCAGGACUGCAGUUGGCAAGGAGGAGGAAGGAGUUAAGAAGAGCUUCAAGACGAGCAGGAAGAAUUUUUUUUUUCCUGUCUUGAGAUAUUCUAGCCUUAUUUUUAUUUUUUUUUUUUUUUUAAUGUAUCCCUCAUGCAUUUGCUUUGUGCAUUUUCCUGUGAGCUGCAGUAUCAUGUAAUCUUUCCCUAGUAGGAGGAGGUUGAGGACUCUAGGAGUCAGAAGAUAACAAUGCAUUGCUGUCCAACACGGGCCAGUUGUUCAGGAAUCUGGAAGCCUUUCAGGCUGUGUUGCUGGCCUUGCCCGCGACCUUGGCAAACUCUUUUCCUCCAAACCUGUGUCCCCAUCUACAGAGUGGGGAUCAUGCAAAACUUAAAAUGUUUUGCUAGCAUGGAAUGGAAACUUCUACACUCCAGAAAAAAAAUUGCCUGCAAUUUGAUCAAAUAAUCAAAUUCAUGCUUGGUGUUGCUCUAAAGUCAAUGACUUGGCACCAGGAAUGAACUUGUUUAAAGGAUUUUUAUUGGGUAGACUUUUACAUCUCCCAUGAAUUCACAGAACACCAUUUGAAUCAGUUGAUCCAUAAUGUCAGUUAGAGAGUAAGAAUGCACUGGAUUUUAAUCUAAUAUUAACAAAAAAAUGUUUACAAACCACUGUACCCUGGUGUUCUAAUAACAAUUAUUAAUAUUGCCAGCUCCUAGAAAAAAACACACAGGAAAUCCUUGUUCUAUCCAGGGGCUAACCUAGAAAGAAAGCUUGGCUCCCUGUAGCAGCCUUUCUAAUUAAUCAGCUUUGUAUAUAAAUUCCAAGCAGCUAAUAUCCAAGUUCCCCUGGAAACAUGGUGUUGCUAAAGUUGUGUGUGUUCAUGUAAAUUUCACAAUAGUUUUGUUUUGUUUUUUUAGAGUAGAUUUAUAUAUAAAUAUACUCUUUAAAGCUGUUACUAAAUGCCAGGGUUGGGAUGAGUUAAUUUAAAGAUGUGUGGCAACUGACUAGUCUCUGACAGUUUUGAAGUACUGUUGGAUUUUCCUGGGGUGGCCUUAGACUAUGGCCUUGUGUUGUUAGAGCAUCUCCUUUUCUACCUUCCAGAAUUACUAGGGUAUCCCAGGUAUUCAUGGCACCUCCUGUACUAGCAGUGCUGCCAUCACAGGGGAUCUUUGGCUCUCCCAAUGCCAUAUUAUCACAGAAUAUUUGAAAUAAGCAGUAUCGGUUGUGAAAGAAUUUGUAGGUCCCAUGCCACUGCAUUAGACAAACUCUUUCAAAGCCUGUUUCUUUAACGUGUGAAUUCCUUGAAAUAUGUUACUUUAUAUACAUUUCCAGUCACUAAGAUGAUGUAUUCUUUUUUUUUUCUUUUUGAAAAAUAAAAUGUCAAUACUCGCACAGUAAAA